GUACAUAUACGUAUUUUAGUCCGUUUGCGGAAAUUCCCUGUUUAUUGUAAGUCAUGAAUGAUCAAAUAAUUGCGGAAAUUCUAGUCCGUUUGCCGCCAAAAUCGGUUUACAGAUUCCGGGCCGUAUCAAAAUCAUGGAACGAGUUGAUUUCGCAUCCCUAUUUCAUCAAGAAAUACGACAGCCUGCAACGGCGGCCGGACGGCGUUGGUUUGUUAUCCUUAUUCCGAGUAUAUUGCCCCUGCAUAUUCUCCAAUUCAAAGAAGCCCAAGAAAUCCGUUGAAUACCAUUCUCUAGAUUUUGAAGUACGCGGCAUGUUUCGAGAACCAGUCAAGUUCAUAAAUAGCUCUAACGGUUUGAUUCUUUGCAGCAAGGGUUGUUCGGAUAAGCAGGAAUACCUCGUCCUGAACCCUGUUACAAAAAGGUCGGUCUCCUUGCCGCCGCCGCCGUCCAGUCGUACAGGCAGAUCCAUCGGGUUAAUGUGCGAAGAGAACAAAAACCAACUGUCAGCCAAGUACAUCAUCGUCCAGAUUCAUUGUCAAGUCAUCUGUGAAAGGGAAAAGGGUACUAUACAGAUCGCGACUUACUCUUCCGAGACAGGGGCUUGGAUAGCAGCCAAACGGCCGGUGAUCGCCUCCACCGCCGCCAUAAAAGAAGAUGUCUACUCUUGUUUGUUAAGAGAUCCUCCUUUAGUGAUGAAUGGUGUUUUCCACUGGUACCACUACUCCGGAAACACGGGCAUACUAACACUGGCGCUUUACCGCCCCGACAGUGAAGCGGUCUUCGAUAUCCGGAGCUAUGAUGGAUUUGGAAAUAAUUCCCUAUGCUCGAGUGCUAUUACAAGAUCAUCCAUUGAGAAUGGUGACGUUUUAUGGUUCACGGUCGUUGAUGAUUUCAAAACAAUGAGAGUUUUCAGCUUCCCGAAGGGGAGUCGAGGGUGGGUGUUAGUGUACAGUAUCAGUGUUGAAUCCCUCUGGGGGAAUGACACAGCCUUAGUGACCUCAUCGAGGAUGAGGAGCGGAGGGCAUAUAAUUCUGAAUGGCUUGGUUCCGGUGAAUAAUAAGAAGACUCCGGCUGCCCUGAUCCGGAGGGAAGAAUCGGGGAGGUUAUUUCUUUACGAUGUGGACACCAAAGCCGUUCAAUCCCUGCCAUAUCAUGGACGACCGGUUACCACCGAGUGGGAUGGAUUCAACAUUCUGAGCAUUGGCCCUGAGUGUACAGCUCAUUAUCCCUAUAUACAUCCUUCAUCUCUUUCUGCCUUCGCUCUUUAGUUGAUCCACCUCCUAAUUGAUAAAUUAGUUUAGCAUGCACUUCAUAUACUUUUAUACUUGUAGUUCUUAUUUAUUAAGGUUUAUUUCUCAUGUAAUCGUGUGCCUGAAAUUCAAAAUUAAAAACCAUCAAUAAAACAUUAAUUUC